GGAACCUCCCCAAACCCAUCAUCAAGGCUGAACCGGGCUCUGUGAUCUCCUUCACUAGUUCCGUGACCAUCUGGUGUCAGGGGAACAUGGAUGAAGAAAUGUAUUUUCUGCAUAAUGAGAGAAGCCAAAAAACCUGGAGAGCACAGACAGCACAGGAGCCUGGGAACAAGGGCAAGUUCUUCAUCCCUUCUGUGAGGAGAGAUCAUGCAGGACAAUAUCGCUGUUAUUGUUACAGUUCAACUGGUUGGUCAGAGCCCAGUGACACCCUGGAGUUGGUGGUGACAGGAAUCUAUCAGGACUAUGAACCCAGGCUGUCAGUGCUGCCCAGCCCUGUGGUGACAGUAGGAGGGAACAUGACACUCCAGUGUGCCUCACAUAGUCACUAUGAUGAAUUCAUUCUCACCAAGGAAGAUCAGAAGUUCACCAGCUCACUGGUGACACAGCAUAUUCCUUCUAGAGGACAGUACCAAGCCCUGUUUGUCAUGGGACCUAUGACCCCAAACCUCACAGGGACGUUCAGAUGUUAUGGUUACUACAAGAAUACAGCACAAUUGUGGUCAGUAUCCAGUGAACCCCUGGAAAUUCACAUCUCAGGGCUGUCCAAGAAGCCCUCUCUGCUGACUCACCAAGGCCAUAUCCUGGACUCUGGAAUGAGCCUCACUCUGCAGUGUUGUUCUGACAUCAACUAUGACAGGUUUGCUCUGUACAAGGCGGGGGAUUCUAACAUCAUGCAGCACCCUAGCCAGUGGGCCAACACUGGCAUCUCCAUGGCCAACUUCACACUGAGCCACUCCACUGGAGGCCAAUACAGAUGCUAUGGUGUGCACAACCUCUCCUCUGAGUGGUCGGCCUCCAGUGACCCCCUGGACAUCCUGAUCAGAG